GUUGUUUACAUGGAAAAAGAAAAAUUGUCGAAAUUGCGAACUUUGCAGACGGUAUGGUCUACAAUGAGACGAUGAAAAGUCGCUCAAAAAGUGCGACCAGCAGUUAUCGCAUCCGAUCAGUCAUAUCGACUCUAUUAGUAUCCUGUUCGAAGCUCGUCAAAUUCCAUUUGUACGUAACCUGUUACUACAUUGUGCGCAGUGAUUUUCGAUAUUCCUGACAUGAGUUCACUAUUCAACUCAUUGAGAAGUUUUGCCAUUGGUGGAAAUACAAACAACGGCGAAAACGAAAGCUUUACGCCCUGCGAACUAAGCUGCUAUCAAGUAACCGAAUCAGAGGAAAUACCAUUGAGCACUUCGCCGCCACCCCCACCACCUCCAUCAACGUCCUCAUCUGACAACAACCUCAAGAAGAUGGGGAUCCCCGAUACGCAAUCAGACUUCAACCAAUGGCUUCACGCCAUGAAGAUGGUUGCGCGUCUUCCCGGUGGAAUGCCACCAGAGUUUCGUCGGAAGCUGUGGUUGGCUUUAUCGGACAGAUAUCUUAGGAGUAAAGGAAUCAAUUGGGAAGAGGAAGGCGAAAAGUAUUUGACUGACCAAUGUGACGAGGAUGAUGAAGAAUUAGGAAUACAAAUUGUGAAGGAUCUUCAUCGUACCGGAUCCAGUUUGUGUUCUGGACCCUCUGGAACAAUCAAUCAGGCCAAGCUCAAACGAGUUUUGUUAGGUUAUUCCAGAUUCAACCCUGAAGUAGGAUACUGUCAAGGAUUCAACAUGCUGGGAGCCUUAAUACUGCAGGUCAUGGACAAAAACGAAACUGACUCUAUCAAAGUGAUGAUAUUGCUGAUAGAAGGCCUUCUUCCAGCGGGAUAUUUCUGUGGUUCACUGGGAGGGCUACAAGCUGACAUGGCUGUUUUCCGAGAUCUAUUGGGUACACGCCUACCCAAACUAGCCCGCCACCUACAAAAACUUCAAGGCCCUGAAGGAGCUUUCGAACCCCCGUUGACUAACGUUUUUACAAUGCAAUGGUUCCUUACGCUAUUCUGCACGUGCUUACCUAUGAACUUCGUGCUUCGUAUAUGGGAUUUGAUACUGAUUGAAGGAAGUGACGUUCUUCUACGAACCGCACUAGCAAUAUGGGGUACACUAGAGAGCCGCAUAUUAGCAACAAAAACAGCUGACGAUUUUUACUGUAAAAUGGGGGCGUUAUCAUCUGAACUAGUGAACGGCAAUUUAAUCGACUGUAACGGCCUAAUGCAGCUGAUCGUAGACAUAGGUCCAAUUCAAGAUUUACAUAAACUACGAGAAAAACAUUUGCACAACAUUUCUCAUUUGAAGGAAUCAUCGAACCUCAGAAUUUUCUACUCCGACGAUGAAGGUGAAUCCGAUGAAGAUUCUCGUUUAGCAGUUACUGCUACUGCUUGGGGAUUGAGAUCUGGAAGAAGAGCCUCGCUAGGUAUACCUUCAAACCUAAAAGGUGCGAGUGAAGGAAAAGAAAAAAUCAACCUAGACAUUUCAUUAUUGAAAAAGCAAUACGACAAACUGAGAGAACGACAACGACAGGCACAUAUCAUAUUGUCAGCGGCAGUGGCUAGACAACCAGCGUCCGGCUCUCCAAACAGUAAUUCACUACAGGUCAAUCAACUAUUAGUAGGAAAAAGUGCCAUACUUAGCAAUAAAGGAAAGCGACUUGGACCACCGCAAGGUGCUGUGCCUCCUAUACGAAUGCAGAAGACCGGCAAAAGCUCAAAGCCAGGUCCUCCAAAGUCACCCAAACCAACCGAAACACUGCACUGGAAGGAUAUGGACGAAAAGCAACGGAGAGGCAGCUUAAAGUGGAAAGAUACGAAGAAGGAUAGCAAAGCCCCGAUUGCCAAAGAUGAUGCAGACAUUCUGAAACCCGAUUCUCCAAAGCUCAAAAAAUCAUCCAGUGCGUCAUCGGCUAUCAGCAAUCUCUCAGAGACUGGAUCUUCGUCCCAUGGAGCUAAGAAACGUAGUGAGUCCUCAUCUUACAGUGAAGAAUCGGAUGCUGAUUCGAGCACCAGUACGUCACUUUGCGACGAUGAUAAUCAACUCCUCAGCGCUUCGUCACUUGAGGCUUCACCAAUGAAGCGCCGACUAACGCCUGACAGUAUCAAAGAAGUGCCUGACGAAGAACAAUUGGUUGUUACAUCUGAGGAUGCGCAGUAUACAGAGUUCCCGGCUCUAGUGGACAUACCGCGAAUUGAGACCAUUUUACCGGACAUUGCCGAAGAAAGUCAAUCUGAGGCGCAAAGUAGCUCUAACGAAGCGAAUCUACCAAAUAGUACACUAGAUAGUCAAACCAUUACUCUAUUGAACCGUUCACAAAAAGUGAACAGCCAAUUGUCAGAGCUGACACUAGGUUGUGUGAAAGAUGAAUCUCUGUCAAUUGCUAUAACCAGUACCAGCCAGCUGUCACCGAUUCCAGACAUUACUCACUACAUAAGCAUUUCAACCAUUAGUCCUCUUAGAACUCCCUCCUCUGUAAUGGACUACUCUGAUUACCUUAACAAUAUCUCUAGCGAUAACACAAUUACCGGUGAUGUCGUUGCCGGUGACUCCAAAGAGAAUGCAUCGUUCAAUGUAGAUGAAAAGGGAGUAACGAAUCAGUUGUUCGAAAGAAUCAAUGCAGCGGAAAGGCCUAAUCAAUUAGACUUGAACGUUAUCAAGGAGCGAAAAGUUAGUGAAUCUCUAGUCAAUACAACGGAAAGCUUGCUAGAUCACAGCGAUGCUACAUCAAAACUAGACAAUUAUAGUUUAACAAACAUUUCUAAUAGAUCUUCUAUGUCUUCAUCGUUCGUAUUAGAGUUACCAGUGAGAAGCAGUUUGCAGCACGAUUCGCCGCUUUUGCCGCCAAAUACAGAUCUUUCGAUUAUUCCAUCAGAGAAGUCUCCAAUCAUCCAUAAACCACAUAAAUAUCAAAUUGCUGAAACUGUCACCCCGUCACCAAAAGAAUCUCCCGAAGAAGUCGACAAGUAUCUAGCAAGUCGUGUGAAAUUUUUAAAAGAAAAAUCAUUCUCCAUGGAUGAUCCAAUUAAGGGAGAAGAUGUAUAUCUAGAAGAUAUUUCAAAGCGGUCGGCAUCGGAAGGCCUAGUAUCAGCCGAAAUGAAUUUUUACAAAAGCAACAAAAUGUCCCAAAUAAUAAAGGAAAACUCAUUAAUACUGGGGCGGAUAAUCAGAAAAGUCAACACCCUUGAUGAAGGAAUUUUGAAUGAAUCGAUCAAGCAGGAAGAACGACUGUCCGAAAGUUGUGAAAGCUCACUAAGCCCGCAGUACGAUGACGAUGUGAUUGAUCAUAAUCUUGCUCAAGAAGUUAACGAAUUAUUGGAAAAAAUUAAGACAAAAACUCAAACAGAAUUAAGCUUGCAGUUUGAGACCUCCGAGACUAAUGCUGUACCGUACGAAGCUGAAUCUUCUCAACACAUUAAACGGCACACAGGUGAUGCGCCUUUAAAGAUGAACGAUACAAAUAUUGGUCAUAAUACUCAACCUAACGCAAUCUUAACUUCUGAUUUGGAACAAACCAAAUGUAUAAACAAUCCUAGAAGUGAGGAAAAUUUCGUUGAUGAACCUAUAAAUCCGCUAACAAUAUCGAAAACCGAUCUAGUGAUCAAGCGCACGGAAGAGCAGCUGGCACGUUUCAAAGAACCGGAGCCCACUUUCUAUGUCCGAAAAGACAAUUUUAGGGAAAUUAUUACUCCCGAGGAAGAACGCGAUCAACCGAUAUCGGAUAAGCCAGAAGAAAUUUCGAACAGAUCAAAGGAUACGUCCCAAGAGAAAGUUGAACCCAAAUCACAAACGACUGAAACUCAAAAUCUAAUGAAAACCAAAGUUGAUGAUAUAGAGCGGUCGAAAUCACCAGAAGUUUCACUGAAACUUGCUGUUGAUGUCGAAUCAACAUCUCCAUCGAAAACUGAUGAGCUAAUUAAAAAAACAGAAGAGCAGCUGGCGCGUUUCAGAACUGACAAAAUUGUUUUAGAGAAGCUAGAAAAGCGAUUAUCCUUAAUAGAUUUCAAACUAGAUGAAGUACCUAACACGGCUGUAACCGAGCGGAAGCCAUGCAACAAAACGGAAGAAAUUAUAAAGAAAUCAGAGGAACAAAUCUCUCGCAUUAUAAUUGAAACACCGUUCAUAGCUAAGAAAUCCCCGACUAGGUUACUAACAGAUGAUUCUACGGUACCAGAGACAAAAUCUUGUGUUUGUUCGUCUAAGACUGAAGAAUUGAUAAAGAAGACGGAUGAACAGUUGGCGAGAUUUAAAGCAGCAGCUGAAAGUACUGCAGAGAAACGUAAAAGUCGUCACGAGAUUGACGAGCUGUUGCAACUAACAAUAGAAUCUGACGAUCUAUCCAGCAGCCACUCUCAAGACAGCAUAAAAUUUGACGAUAUUUCGGUUCGAGAUGCGGACGAGGCCAUUAUCAUUAAGCAUGCCCAGGCUGAAAUUUUAAAGACCAUCAAAAUUCCCGAUGAAGUGAAAAGUUCCAAAACGGACAAAAUAAUCCAAAGAAUUGAGGAUGGAAAACUGAAAGUUGGGGAUGAUUAUAUAACGACCAUUAAAACUAUAGACUAUCUGAAACAGUCGAAUGCUAAUCUAUCGGCUACUUUAUCCUCGAUAGAAAGCUCCAUAAAAGCAAUUGACGGGCUUUGUGAUCACGACUCGGAUAUUCAAUCCAAUCGAAUCAACGAUACUAUUGACAAUCUAGAAAAGUCAUUGAAACAGUUCGAUAACCUGAACUCGGAACCUCCACUUGUAAUGGUUCACGACUAUUCUACUAAUCCUCAUGAAAGCCGAUGUAGACCAACAGCAUCAAACAGACCAAGCAGACCUCGUAAGCGAAAAGAAUAUUCUCCAAGACGAAAAAAGGAGAAAGAUCGAGAUGGGAAACCACCCAGCACAUACCACAAGGAGCCAGAAUACUGCGAAUACUCUUCAGACAACCAAUCCGCUGAAAGAGAAUCUCCCAAAACAUACACCUAUCACUCGUAUUACAGCACUUCGCCGCCAUCCACUCCUCGGGGCCCCUCCCCUGUAAAAAAGCAUACCGAAGUUGAAGCUAUUAGGCCAUCAUCAUUCAAAAGUGUAUCCCAUGAUCGGUAUCUUUUGCAGCGGGAUACCCAGCUUAUCAAGUUCGACAAAUCGCCAUCGUCGCCCAUCAUCAACAAAUCAUAUCUCGAGUCGUUGAAACCAGCGACUCCGAUAGCUUCCGGACGCACGACGCGCUCGGCUGAGAACUCUCCUCCAUUCUACCAGCAAAAAGCACAACCGGCCUUUCCUGCGAUUUCCCAUCACACGGUAGGGGCAUCCCAUGCGAGUUCGCUUCUCCGGCACCAAAUGGGACACGAUGGGGAGCAUUCGCACAUCAAGAGUUGCGAAAACCUUCUAAUGCGAUUCGACUACAAAAACAUUUCGGCCAUCGCUGCCAGCUUUCCAGUGUCCAGCAGUGCACUGUCGCCGUCGCCAACGAAGUUCCAUAGUCUGGAUUUUAAGCACGAUGCUGCGCUGAAUUUCAGUCUAACCCCGUCGCCAAAUAAAACAUUGAACUAGAUUAGCACAUGUGUAAGCCAGUUGAAUGUAGUGUAAAAUAAACUGUUUCCUCUGUGAUAUAUGAAUAACUACUAGAAUUAAUGCGAUGUACGAAAUUUUCAUCUUCAGAAUUCAGUUACCAAUAGGCGACGGUAUAUUAGUUAUUGAAAUGUUUGAAUGUGAAGGAACACAAACGCUCAGCAGUUGAUUAGAUUGAUUGUUUUAUAAGUUUGCGUCAUCCUACCAAUCCGAGUUGACCAACUUUCAUGACUAUGGGAAGAAAAAUAGCUGGUGCUAUCCAAUAAUACCAAAAAGACAUCAACACUGGGGUCGCUUUUGGAUUUAAUAAAACAUUGAGUUGACUCCACGAAAAAAUCCACACAAAUUCGAACAAAAACCAGGUGAUAUUUAAAAAGUUGUGAAAAUGAGGUUAUUGAACUGUCGCUUUUAAGUUUAAUUUGAAUUGAAUUCGGGAAAUGAGACGGACUCUAAAAAUCAGCUAAAGGUACUCGAAAGACUUGUGAUUUUGAGUUCGAGGUUCAAGAUUUCGUUGAAGCCUGGGGACUGCAUGUUUUUUGAUGACAGUUCGUCAGCUGAGAUCUCCAACUAGGUACAACGAGAAGUCAUUGGGAGCCAAAUAAAUGUUGAUCCAGUGCUAGUUAACGGCUGUUCCAUAAGGACUUAUGAUUUGCCCAAGAUUGUGUGAGCUGACAAAGUGCCGCCUAUCUCGGCUACGUUUCUGCAGAAUCGCUCCUGCCAGAAAGGCCAUUGUU